UUGUUUGUUUGCAUUGCACUAGUUUGCAGAUUGACUUGCAAGCUAAUUUUGCUUGCAAGCCGAGUUUUAAUUUCUAUCGUCUGUUAUGGUUCACAAACAAAAUCCAAGAGAAGAAAUAUUAUACUUCUUUCAAACUACGACAAGGCUAGACAGUAAAAAUACAAAAUAAAACAUGUCUGUGUGUAGAAUGUGUCUGGCAACAAAUCUAAAUUUGUAUUCCAUUUUAAACACUCCAUUGCAUGGGGUUUAUGAGAAAAUUACGAAUAUGCCGCUUCACGCAGAUAUGAGGCCGAUAGCGUUCUGCUACAUCUGUUACGCUCAACUCAACAAGUGCUACAAUAUGAUCUUAACGUCCGUCAAAGCCAACAACAUACUGACGGAGAUACUGCAGCGGUAUAUGGAGAUCACACCCAAGUCGGUGGCCAUGAUGGACCCCUUGGGCACCACCUCCAUGUCUUCAGCGUACUGCAUCUCACCGCUGAACCACUACUGCUACCCUGACAUGACCGAGGGUACCACCCAAGUAUGCGAGGAGGUUACUACACAAAACGUGUCUGAUGCUUACACGACGGCUGAUAGCAGCGACACGGACGACUCGAGCGAAAAACAACUUUAUACAAAAGGUACGAAGAGACAGACAACGAAGAAAGCGAGAGAGAAAAAGCAACAUCCAAAAACUCAAACCGGCGAGAAACCAUAUGAAUGUAACACAUGUAAACAAAGAUUCAAAUUUUUAGGCAAUUUGAAAAUACAUUCGCGCACACACAGCGGCGAGAAACCUUACGAAUGCAAUAUAUGUUUACGCAAAUACAGCGAGAAAGGCUCUCUAAAUAGGCACUUUAAAGUACAUUCAGGCGAGAAACCUUACGAGUGUAACGUCUGUCAGCGCAGAUUUAACCAUAACAGUAAUUUAAUUAUACAUAUAAGAAAACACACAGGCGAGAAACCGUACGAAUGCAAUAUAUGUCAACGGAGAUUCAAUCAGAUCAGUAAUCUGAGGACACAUUUUAGGAAACAUACGAAUGAAAAUCCUUACCAAUGUAACAUGUGCCCAAGAAGGUUUAGUCAAAACGGAAAUUUGGUAAAACAUCUGAGGAAACACACGGGUGAGAAACCCUACGAAUGCGGUGUGUGUUUGCGUAAGUUCAGCGAGAAAGGGUCUCUGAAUAGGCAUUCCAAGAUACACACGGGUCAGAAACCUUACGAAUGUAGUGUGUGUCAACGUAGAUUUAAUGAUAAUAGUAAUUAUAUUAAACAUUUUAGAAAACACUCUACUCAGUAGUCGAUAGAUAGUAGUAGAUAUAAUUUUAAGUCUUGUUUGUUUGUAAACUGUUUAUUUGCACAUAAAAAGAAGUAUUUCAGUCUUUUCAAGACUGUUGGCUCUGUCUACCCCGUAGGGGAUAUAGACGUGACCAUAUGUAUGUAUGUAUGUAAAAAGAAGUAUAUAACAAAAUUACAAAACAGUCAUUGGAUUUAGAAGAAUAUGUACAAUGGCGGACUUAUCCCAAUCGGGAUUUCUGGAGGAAUAUUCUGAAUCAAAAAGGCAGUGCACAUAAAAAGCAUUGAGAAUGCGUUAAAAAUUUUUAGGAUUGCGUACUUUAAAACAAAAACAAUGGAAACGUAUUUUUUUAUUUUAUUUACUUAAAUAGCUUUUGGAUCUCUGUCCGCCUAUUUUUGUAGAUCUUAUUAUGUAUUUAGAGCUACAAUGAAAUUGUUUAAAUUAUAUUAAGGAGUAUUUAGUGAAAACCUUCACUUUAUUCAGUUUUCAGCUAACACACACUUUGUUUUUUUAUUUAUUUAGACACACUUGUGGUCAAGUUUUAAAAUCUAAAUCAAUAUUUUAUAAUUAAAUAAACCUUAAAAGACACUUUUUCACAUCAUUUUACAUUUGAAUAAAUUGAAUUAAAGUUUUGUCUAAAAUAUAAUUAGUAUUUUUAAAAGAACUACAAACUACCUAAGCAUGUAACCAGCUUAAGGCUACCGUCCCCUUCAAGGAACAGAACUAGACGCUCUUCAAAACGGACUCAGAAUUCCUCUUUAAAAAACAGAACGAAAAUAUGGACACCAGCCUUAAAAGAGUGCUAAGACUUACUGAAGCUUCAUUCGUCAACUUAAUAAGUCUCUGAAAUAGUAUUAGUAAUAUAUUUAUUGAGCACAAUACAGCAAUUAUGGGGAAAAAUAUUGUUUCAUAUUUAUAUUUUUAAAAUAACAAUCGGAGCGAUGCAAUUAUGAAUAUGUAAUUUAUUUUUACAAUUUAACAAAAAUAAUU